CAGUGAAGUUUAGGUUACGGUUGGUUGGUCAACGUUCAACCGUUGAACUGCUACAUAAGAGCGGAAGAGCAUCGGGGAUCGGCAGUUCGCGUCCCACCGCAACCUUCCAUUGAACGAAGGUCAUAACCCGUGGUACCUCCGAAAAGCUCCGCAAAGAUGAGUUUCAACAAGCUCGGCGUCAAAAGUUUGGCAGUCAAAGACAAGCGAGUCAUCAUUAGGGUUGACUUCAAUGUGCCUCUCAAGGAUGGUAAGGUUGCUAACAAUCAAAGAAUUGUAGCCGCCCUGGACACUGUGCAGUAUGUACUGAACAAUGGUGCCAAGUCGGUGGUUCUAAUGAGCCACCUCGGUCGGCCCGACGGGAAGGUGGACAAGAAGUACACCCUCGCUCCUGUUGCUGAAGAGCUGAAGACCCUGCUUGGCAGGAACGUCACUUUCCUGCCGGACUGCGUGGGGUCGGAAGUGGAGAAGGCCUGCGCCAACCCGGCGCCGGGAACGGUGAUUCUGCUCGAGAACCUCCGCUUCCACGUUGAGGAGGAGGGCAAGGGAGUGGAUGCCAAUGGCGCUAAGGUCAAAGCGUCUCCUGAAGCCACGGCUGCUUUCCAGCAAUCGCUCACAAGCCUCGGAGACGUGUUUGUCAAUGACGCCUUUGGAACUGCCCACCGAGCUCACAGCUCGAUGGUUGGCGUCAAGCUUGCACAGAGGGCAGCUGGACUGUUGAUGAAAAAAGAGCUGGAGUACUUCAGCAAGGCCUUGGAUAAUCCGUCCCGGCCGUUCCUCGCCAUCCUGGGAGGAGCCAAAGUGAAGGACAAGAUCCAGCUGAUUGAGAACAUGCUCGACAAGGUGAACGAGAUGAUCAUUGGCGGAGGAAUGGCUUUCACCUUCCUCAAGGUCACCGAGAACAUGCAGAUUGGGGGCUCGCUGUAUGACAGCGACGGAGCAACGAUUGUGAACAGCCUGCUGGAGAAGGCGAAGAAGAACAACGUUCAGAUCCACCUUCCCGUCGACUUUGUGACGGCCGACAAGUUUGACGAGAAGGCGGCCGUCGGGUCGGCCACCGUCCAGGGCGGAAUCCCCUCCGGAUGGAUGGGGCUAGACGUGGGAAAGCAAAGUGUUGUCAAGUUUCAGGAGGCUGUCAGGAGAGCCAAGACUAUCGUUUGGAACGGGCCCAUGGGAGUGUUUGAGUGGGACAACUUUGCCUCUGGAACAAAGGGGAUCAUGGAUGCCGUCGUGGAGGUGACUGCCAAGGGUGCGACCACCAUCAUUGGUGGAGGCGACACGGCGACGUGCUGCGCCAAGUGGAAGACCGAGGACAAGGUGAGCCACGUCAGCACUGGGGGUGGUGCUAGUCUGGAGCUGCUGGAAGGAAAGACUCUUCCCGGAGUUGCUUAUCUUUCCGACGCCUCCGGUGCUUGCUGCCCCUUCAGAAUCUGCGAGGACCGACGCGUUCAUGCCUCGUUGGGCAUCCUGGCCGGCGUGGCGGUUCUGUUCGCCAUCUUCUGGCUGAGACGUCAGCGGUGAAGGGAUGUGCGCUAGCUCCUUUUGCCACUCUACGACAUUCCACACAAACGCCCGUUCUGUAACGCAGCCUUGCUUCUGGAAGCCGUGCAGCUUCCUAGGUGCAGAAUUCAUGUGCACUAUGUGUUGUACACGCAGCACUGCAUAUUGUCCACACUGUGGCAAUGAAGGCAUGCGAGCUUUUUAUCGCAUAGUGCCUGCAUGUUGCAUGGUAGCUAGCCCUCCAAGGUUGCUUUAGAUGAUCAGCUUCUGCUAAGGCUUUUGAGGACUGGAUAGCAGAAAUUACGAGGCAUCUUAACGAUAGCUGAGGACCAUUUUUGGAUUGCAGAGUUUAGCUUGUGAAUGGCUAAUGGAUGGUGUGUAUGGUCUACGAGUGGGCAAUAAAUAGGUUGUGUUCAAUCGCAA